AUGCAGAGAAGACUGUUGCACACCACGAGACACACGCUGUCGCACAUCGGGUCGUCGCCCGUGUUCCUGACGCCGGACGUGAAGCUGUCGUCGGUGCAGAUGCUAGUGCCAACCGUGAUUCCAAAAGGCACACAGAAGAUCGUGCUCAACAGGCUGCUCUCGGUGGCAGGGCCGAAGGGCGAAAUCAACCUGCAGAUCCCGGACUUCGUGAAGAUGGACGCAGGCAACCCGGCGGUGCUGAAGAUCGAGAUCGAGGACGAGAAGAACAAGAUCCAGAAGUCGAUGUGGGGCACGUACCGGUCGCUGAUCAACAACGCGGUGGUCGGGGUGACGGACGGCCACUCGUCGACGUUGCGGUUCAAGGGCACCGGGUACCGGGUGAUGCUGGAGAAGGACGCCAAGACGGGGCAGGAGUGGGUCAAGAUGAAGGUGGGCCGCUGCAACGUCGAGGGCUUGCCCAUCCCGGAGCACAUUGUCUGCGAGACGCCUUCGCAGACACUGCUUGUUCUGCGGGGCCCGGACAAGCAGAAGCUCAACCUGUUUGCCGCCCGCUUGAGAAACAUGCGUCCGCCCGAGCCGUACAAGGGCAAGGGCAUCUACUUCAACGACGAGACGAUCAAGUUGAAGGCCAAGAAGGUCAAAUGA